AUGUUGCAGAGUAAUGGUGAUGGUAUCGUGAUGAGACUGUUGCUAGUGACGCUGGCGCUGGUCGCGAGCGCGGCGGCGGAUCCGCGGCAGAGCACGGCGCGCCCGCGCUCUCCGCGCCACUGGGCGCGCGGCGCGAGGACCCUCGCCGACAGGGCUCCCACGCAGUUUGUUGGUCCUCAUGUGUGUCGGAGUCGCAACAGCACGCAUUGCUGUCCCGGUUGGACCUCUCGACCGAAUUCAUUACUAUGUGUAGUUCCUAUCUGCCGGCCGGACUGCGGCGCGGGCGCGGGCGCGUGCGUGGCGCCCAACAUGUGCCGUUGCCCCGGCGGCGUGGAGGCGCCCUCGUGCGGCGGCGCCACGGGACUCUACCCUUAUCCUGCACGAACGCGUGGUGGCUGUCGACGUAUCUGCAUGAACGGCGGCACCUGUACCAACGGCACCUGCGCCUGCGCGCCCGGCUGGAGCGGCGAGUUCUGCACAGAACCGAUCUGCCGCGAGCCGUGCCUGCACGGCGGGCGCUGCAUCGCGCCGGACCGCUGCGUGUGCUUCCACGGGCUGUCCGGCACGCGCUGCGAGAUAGACCGCCGCACCGGGCCGUGCUACACGGACACGCGCGGCGCGCUGUGCACGGGCGCGCUGGAGGGCGUGGUGUGCACCAAGCAGCUGUGCUGCGCCACCGUGGGCGUGGCCUGGGGCCACCCCUGCGAGCGCUGCGCCGACCUGGACUGCCCGCCCGGACACCUGCGCAACCUCGCCACCAAGGAGUGCCAGGACAUCGACGAGUGCCUGGCGGUGCCGGGGCUGUGCGAGGGCGGCAAGUGCGUCAACUCGGUGGGGUCGUUCUCGUGCGAGUGCGCGGCCGGCCAGCGCCGUCACCGCCUCUCCAACAACUGCGAGGACAUAGACGAGUGCGAGGACCCCGACAUAUGCCCCAAUGGAAAAUGCGUGAACACGGAAGGAGACUACUACUGCUUGUGCAACCCUCAUUUCAUUCCUAGCCCAGACAAGAAGUUCUGUAUAGACGGCCGCGUGAGCAGCUGCUUCACGUACCUCGGCGAGAGCGGCGAGUGCGCGGACCGCCUGCCCAUGCCGCUGUCCAACCGCGACUGCUGCUGCGGCUACAACAUGGGCCGCGCCUGGGGUGACCUCUGCGCGCCCUGCCCGCCGCGCGGCUCCUCGGAGUGGAGUCACCUGUGCGGCGGCGGGCUGGUGCCGCCCGACUGGCGCCGCAACGACACGCACGGCGGCGGCGGCGACGCGGGCGGCGGGGGGUUCGAUGCCCAGCCCAUCGCCAAGAUCAACGAGUGCAUGCUGCGCAGCGGCAUCUGCGGCCUCGGCAACUGCAUCGAUAAGGAUAUUGGAUACCAGUGCGAGUGCUGGGACGGCGCGGAGGCGGCGGAGCAGGACGGCAACCCCACGUGCAUCGACAUCGACGAGUGCGCGCUGCAGUACUGCAAGGGCGGCGUCUGCGUCAACAAGCCCGGCGGCUUCGAGUGCCGAUGCCCUCCAGGCUUCGAUCCUGUAGAAAACGGACUAAGAUGUAGCGACAAGAACGAGUGCGAGAUGACGAACGGCGGCAUGUGCACUAACGGCGUCUGCACCAAAGUUGAUGGAGGGUUCUCGUGCACGUGCAACCCCGGGUACGCGGCCACGGCCACGGGGCACGCGUGCGCGGACGUGGACGAGUGCGCCGACAACCCGCGCGUGUGCCGCCGCGGGCGCUGCCGCAACACGCCGGGCGGCUACCACUGCGCCUGCGAGCCCGGCUUCGCGCGCUCCGCCGCCGGCUACUGCGUCGACGUGGACGAGUGCCAGGACCAGGCUCUGUGCCAGGGUGGGCGCUGCGUGAACAGCGAGGGCUCGUUCCAGUGCGUGUGCGAGGCGGGCUACCGCGCGGCGGCGUCGCGCGGCGCCUGCGUCGACGUGGACGAGUGCGCCGAGCUGCGCGUGUGCCGCAACGGCCGCUGCCUCAACGCGCCCGGCUCCUUCCGCUGCGAGUGCCUCCCCGGCUUCACGCUCAGCAACGACGGCCGCACCUGUCUCGACGAAGUUCAAGAUUUAUGUUACGAGAAAUAUGAGGAAGGGCAAUGUACCGGACCCGGCACCACGCCCGUUACACGAUCCCAGUGCUGCUGCAGUUCUAACAAAGGCGUGUCAGUAAGAGGUACUCGUGUCGUCCCAGGUCUGCAGCUGGGGUGGGGCGUGGCGUGCAAGGCGUGCCCCGCGGCGGGCAGCGCGGAGCACGGCGCGCUGUGCCCCGAGGGCGGCGGCAAGGACAACGGCGGCGCCGACAUCAACGAGUGCACCAUGGUGCCCGGCGUGUGCCCGCACGGCUCCUGCGAAAACCUGGAGCCCGGCUACCGCUGCCUCUGCGACCCCGGCUACCGCCCCGACGCCGCCGGCCUCUGCCGCGACGUGGACGAGUGCGACAUGCACCAGUCGUACUGCACCGGCGGGCAGUGCCGCAACACGCCGGGCAGCUUCACGUGCGUGUGCCCGAGCGGCACGCGCUACGAGCCCGACGACCAGCUGUGCCGCGACAUCGACGAGUGCGAGGGUGAGCUCACUUCCUUCGUGGAGUACGACCGCGGGGACAUCCCGCCCGUGCUCCUGCGCGCAGAGCAAUCCAACCCGUGCGACAACGGGCGCUGCAUCAACACGCACGGCAGCUACGAGUGCGAGUGCGAGCACGGGUUCGUGCUCGACGCCACGGCGCAGCACUGCCUUGACAACCGGCGCGGGUCGUGCUGGCGGCGCGUGGUGGACGGGCAGUGCGAGGCGGCGGCGCCCGCCACGCUGCUGCGCCAGGAGUGCUGCUGCAGCGUGGGGCUCGCCUGGGGCUCCCCCUGCGAGCCCUGCGAGCCCGACAACUGCCCCUGCCCCAAGGGGUUCGCUAAGCUGGACGGCGCCACGUGCCGCGACGUGGACGAGUGCAUGCUGGACCCCGAGCUGUGCGUGGGCGGGCGCUGCCUCAACACCGACGGCUCCUACCGCUGCGAGUGCCCGCCCGGCCUCACGCUCGACCCCGCCGGUACGCGUAUACUGUCAUACUGUUGCUUACAC